CCUCCAAACUUCAAAAAUGGUUACGUAAGAAAUUACUUUAUUUUCACGAUGGCGAAAUGUUGGUAGCAGUGUCAGGGAUCCAACCCGCAAAUCGCAUUAUUCAUCGUUCAGAUUCAAUCAAGAACUCAGGCUAAAACAUGCUACGCGGUGGAACCAGGAUCUUGUCUAACGCUGUCAAACGAGGCUUUGCAAAUGCUCCGGCUCAAGAACCCGCCGUUCAGGCUGCUUUCACUGUUCAAGAUCCAAAGGAUUUCAACGACCGUGUUAAGAACUCGAAAAUCCCGGUGAUCAUCGACUUCUUCGCGACAUGGUGUAAUCCGUGCCGAAUGCUGACACCCAGAUUAGAAUCUGUAAUUGCCGAAAAGCAAGGAAAAAUUGUACUGGCCAAAGUUGAUAUUGACGAAAACACCGAUCUUGCCUUGGACUACGAGGUUGAAUCCGUCCCGGUCCUCAUUGCUAUGAAGGAUGGUAAGGUUCUGGAGAGAAUAGUUGGACUUCAAGAUACGGAUAAACUACGACAGUUCGUCAAUAAGUAUGCUGAUGCAAAAUAAUCAUCAUUAAUAAAUGCGUAAAUUCUUUUAAACCGUAGUCCUUAAAAAUGCUCUGGCUUUUCAUAUGACUAAAUGUAAUUAGCUAUUGUAAACAAUGUAUAUGAAUUUAUUUAAUGAUUAUACACGUCAACAUUACAUGUUACGUUAUUAAAAGAAAAGGAAAAAAGAAGAAACUAUCGCAACUA